AUGAUUACCGGUGACUACGAUAAAAUUCACAUGAUUUUUCGCUUUUCCAGAGAUUUUUACCGUACGAAUGAUGUCCGUCCACCGUACACAUAUGCAUCGCUUAUACGGCAGGCUAUUAUGGAAUCACCUGAAUGUCAAUUGACGUUGAAUGAGAUCUACACCUGGUUCACCGAGACGUUUGCAUACUUCCGAAGAAAUGCCGCCACCUGGAAAAUCAAGAUGCAGUUGAAGCAGUUUGCAAGUGUUUAG